AUGCUGGUUCAGGAAAGACGUAAUGAGCCUUUGAUUCUGGUGUGCGAUAGCCGUGACACUUUUUUGGACGAUGACUUUCAAUUUGAGGCUCUUUUGAGACUCUUGUCUUUACAGACUCAACGUCGAAUUUUGAACCGAAAAAAUCCCAGCUUGAGGAAAACAGCGCUAUGCAACCAGCUUUUGCAACUGUUUGGGAUCUCAAUAACUACGGGUUUGCCUUUCCACUCGUUGAGUCUGGAAAUCGCAACGCUUGGAAAACCAACAUGUGCAGCGAUGACAGGAUUGGCAUUUAAUAUGUCAAAUUGCGACGGAAGAACUGCCAUGUACAUCGAUGCCGCUACAAAUGUAGGCAUAGAUCUGGCUUGCGUCAGUGACUGUCACGGCUUUGGCGAUGACUAUUUAGGCACUUUCAAAAGUAUCUUCUCCUGCCAAGAAUACCAUACUUUGAACCAAAUGGCGCCUGGUGCUUUGCGAGAUCGAAAAUUUACACAUUAUUGGUCUCUAAAAGAAGCCUACACAAAAUUCACUGGAACGGGACUCAAUUGUGACUUAUCCAAAACCGAUAUGGGCACUCUUGAAGCCUGGAGUCCCGCAGACCAAAUCUUCACCAUAUUUCGUGACAUCGACGGUAAACGCAUGUUUUUCCAGUCGAAAUGGCUGGAUAGCAACGUUGUCGUCUCGAUAUGCAAGCAGGCCAGUAUUCAGGAUGACAACAGUGAACAAAUACUGAAUGGCAUCACCAACCUCACAGUAGCGGAAAUGGCAGCGUUUUUGCAUAGUACGAAGUGA